AUGAGUCUCCGAACCCUUGCUCCUUGUGUCCUCUUGGUAGCUCUGUUCACUUCAAGCUUAACAAAUGCGUUCAACAUCACCAAGAUCCUUAGCAAUACCUCUGAUUUUGGUUCCUUUAAUAACCUUCUAUCGCAGAGUGGACUUGCUGAAACGAUCAAUAGCCGCUCAAGCCUUACAAUUCUUGCUUUGGAUAAUGGAGCUGUGGGAUCUCUUCAAGGCAAAUCUAAAGAUGAAGUUCAAAGAAUAUUGACGAACCAUGUUGUUCUUGAUUACAUAGACCAAAAUAAACUUAAAAAUCUACCAAAAAAGACAACAACUAUGACUACAUUGUUACAGACAUCUGGUGUAGCUCAACAGGGACAAGGGUUCUCGAAUGUUACAGUGUCAGGUAAUGAUAUUUUGUUCGGCUCAGAAGUGAAAGAUUCACCGCUUGCGGCUAGGUUUGUGAAAUCUGUAUAUGCCGAGCCAUACAAUAGUAGUCAAAGUAUUGUGGCGCCUGGAAUUGGUGCACCUGCACUGUAUACUACUCUUCCACCUCCUCCUCCCUCAAGAAAGGCACCGGCACCGUCUCCGAUGACUCGUAAGGUGCCACCCCCAGGGCCAGGGCCGGCUGAUUCUGGUGCUCCAUGUGCUUUGGGUUCGGGUGCUGCUGUUGCAGUUUUGAUGGGGUUGGUUUUGCAUUUUGUUGGACUUUAG